AUGAACAAUAGUCUAAAUAGAUACUUAGGGCGGAUUUAUCAAGUAGUUGGGGUAGUUAUUGGUUUGGGUUGGAUUUGGUGUAGUGCUAUGCCUGCUUCUGAAAGUAAGGAUGAAUGUCAAGGACUUAACCAAACACGGGCAUCCAGUAGAAUAAUUGAGACAAUACAGACUUUGUUAUACUUAAUGGACAUCCAAUUAUCCCGAAUAAAGACAGUGGUGGAGUGUCAAAUAGAAAGCGGGCGUGAGACUGAAGAACUAAAGAGUCUUAACCAGAAUAACUUAGCUCAAAGUCUAUUUGAUACACCGAUUGAGAUAGUGCGUCCUUUAGAAGGUAAACAUCGUAAUUUGAGCUACACACUAAUCAAUGAAGUAAUUCUACAGGAAUGUGUGAUUGCACUAAUACAGAAGCUAGAAGGAUACUUAGAAGAGAGUUUUCAUGGUAGAGUUCCGGUUGAUACGGAAAUGGAUAUCAUAAGUAUGAUAGCAGAUCAAGCAAAUCGAAUGACUAUUAAAAGAGGUUCGUCUAAUCUACAAACACGACUACGAAUGCUUGGAUUCGACCCAUUCGAAAAUGGUGAUGUAAAAGAAAUGGUUAGUGCUAAAGCCUAUCUAGUCAAAUUGGGCGAGUUAUACCGGCCCAAUGCAUUAAAAGAACAAAUCAAGAAUAGUAUAACGAAAGAACUAGAGAAAAUGAGAUAUAUUGCUGGUACUGAUCUGCCAGAAGUUCUAGCUGAACAUAUGGAUGCUUUGGAUAUAUACUUUGAAGGAUUACUGAAUAAUGACAUGGACGUAGAACUAUACCAAGCACGGCCCGUGGUGCAAAGUUGCAGCGAUUCGGCUUCGAAUGUAUGCGAUCAAGACGUGAUGUCCUGGAGAAUUGAAUGUUUCAAGGAUAUGGCUCUAGAACUAUUCAUGGUACUGGCUAAAGUUAAACCUUGGUGUGAGAAUGAGCCCGGUUUAGCUACAUCUGAAUUCAACCUAAACAGGUCGGUUGGUGAUGUUGAGGCGAUACUUUUAUGGCAAGACAACGGAACUCUCUAUCUGGAAUUCAGGUGGGAUAGUAGUAAGUCAUUAACUGAUAAGAGUGAGCAGCAUAAGGAUAAGAUCGCUUGGAUUGUUGAAUGGCCGACGUCUGAGUUGAAUGUAUUACUGCUUGCUUUAAGGCUACACAGUAAAAUCAACAUCAAUGUCAAACGGAUUGAUGUCUAUGAGCUUCAGGACUCCGAUCCUUUGCUGGUCUUAUUAGAACUCUUAGCACUAUUUGAAGAUCCUAUACAUUCUUUCCAGACAGAUAUCUACCUUUGCAUGAAAUUUGACGAGGACUCUUCGUGCACAGACUCAGUUAUGACAUCUGACGAUCUUGCCAAAUGCCAGCAGGUCCAAGAACGAAUCAAGCAGCUCGAUAAAUCACGAGGCAGUGUUGAGUUAUAUCUCAAUAAGCUCACGUCACGUAUGCAGAAAUCUAUUUGGCCACUAGUAACUCACUUCCUUGUAGCCAAGAUAGAUAUAGUUCAUCCCCGCCUGAACAAGAUAGAUUUUCUUGAUAACGUCAACUGGAAAGAUGGUUAUACUCUCAGAAUAUUACUAACCGGUGAAAAGGAUACUGUUAUUCGCCUAGGAGGUAAAACCACUAAAGAUAAAGCCCUUCCAGUUUGCAGCAGUUUAUCCAUUAUCACUGAGCUUUCACAUGCAGCCGGAAACCCCCCGAUACUUAUUGAUUAUUUGAAGACUUAUGUCAUAAACCUUGAUGGGUACCUACAGCCCCUAUCUGUAGAUAUGCCAGCUGAGAUCUUAACUAAAAAGGUGACCUUCUCUAUUGACAUUUUAUUAUCCUAUGUAUCCCUUACUUACGGUCGAGCAGUGCAUAUUCCUUCCCUUUGCAUAGUAGGCAAUCAGCUUGACAUUACUGCCGAUCAAGUUACCGUAUAUAAAGUAUCACAUGCUUUACUCACCCAGCAUAGAGCGUCUUACCAACAACUGUCAUGUAACAGCAACGCGCUAGAGAAAUCUAACCUGCCUAUCGUAUUUUAUACUGCUCCUGCUCGAUUCAACUUUCGUAUCUACACUGAGGAAAGGAUUAUCUAUUUUAUGCUCGUUAUAUAA